AGGGACAAAGGAUUCUUCAGAAAAAAAUUGCAUAUGUAUUGUUAAUCAUCUGAAGUAAGCAGCAAGUGAACGCAGCUGCGUAAAAAAGCAAUAUGGUGACUAACGAAUUAAUCAACUGUUGAGGAUAAUCAAGAAUACAAAUGUUUAAUAAUAUUAAUAAUUUUUUGAAUGGACGGUGGUAAAAUUGAGUGAUGAACUUAACGUGAUUAAAAGCCUUUCAGAGGCUAAAGAGAGGAAACCAUGUGCGAUGUGUGUGUUGACUUUCACGACCUUCUACUCUCCUAUGAUGACAGAUCAUCAAAGGAACAAGAUGGAUUGACAAUACUUUGUAUUUCGGAUAUGGAUACAACGCUACACUAUGUUAAUCAAUGGGUACAAAGACAAUGUAUGUGCUGUUAUCGUGAAAUUAAAAAUUUUGAUCGGUUUAUACGCCUGACUCAAAGUGUUGUAUUGUGUUCAUUACAACAAUUACAACUUAUACAACAAAAUGGACAACAAACGAAUGUUGGGAAAGUAUCAUCCAAAGAUGAAAAAGAAGAAAAGACAGAUGAAGCUAAGGCAGAGAAUGCAGAUUAUACAGAAACAGAAACACAAAUGAAACAAAACUGGUCUCAGCAGGAUAGAGAAAAAUUAUUUCAUUUACUUUCAAAAAUAUUUUUAUUAAAUUUCCCUCUUUAUAUUGCAAUGAAACAUGGUGGUGCGAUUAAUCCAUUAGCUCCAGUAAAAGAUGAAGGAGGGUAUUGUGAACCUCAUGAUCCAGAAGUACCAGCUCCUUUAAUUAGGGCAGUUUCUAUUUUUUGUCAUCAAGGUGGCUUCAAUUUAAUGUCUGCUUGUUUUGAUAUGAAAAAUACAUUACCUGUUAGCCUUGCACACUCCAUGGUUGCAGUGAUUUGUAAUUUAAAACUUUGGUUAAAUUAUGGUAGUGUUAUUCAGCUUUUUAUACCAUUGCGUAGUCGUGUUAUGAAAUAUAUGUGUCGCUUAGGAGAUAAAGAAUUACGCACACCAGCAGUUAGAACAAUGGCAGAUUUUAUGUGGAGUGCUGUAAAAGAUCCUAUUGAUGCUGUUUUACCAAGUUUUGAUCGUGAUGGAUUGGAUCUAGCGUUUAAAUAUUUUACUAGUACAACUUUAACUAUGCGACUAGCAGGAAUAGCUCAGAUAAAUGCUCAUAUCACUGCAUUCAAUGAACUUUGUAAUAGUGAAACUGUUGCUGAAGUGGAACAAGUGGGCCAUGCACUGGCUGCUUGGUUAACUGAAAAUAAUAUAAUAGCUCAUAUAUUUGGACCAAAUUUGCACGUAGAAGUUAUUAAACAAAGUCACAUUGUACUAAGUUUCUUAGCUAUGGAAGGCAGAAUUACUUGUUCAGAUAUGGAUACUAUGUGGCAAGCUGCGCAAUUAAAACACUGUGGACGCCCAGUAUAUGAUUUAUUGGCACCCUUAGUAAAGCAUUUGGCUCCUACUCCAGUUUUACAUUUGUACUCUUUAUUAGGAAAAUUAGAGCCAAAGGACCACACAGAACAAAGUUUAUUUCUGGCAUCUGCCUUGAUAAAGUUUAUUUGGACAGCGGGUGGAUCAGGUUAUCCAAGAGGUUUGUCUAUAAAAAAUCGAGACAUUUUAAGAGGUACUAGUGGUAUUGGUGGUAGCAGUACUAGUGAUCCUAGUGGUAUAGAUGGAAGUAGUCCAGAUGAAGAUGAAGAGGAACCUAGUCCUGCACCAUCAGAGGGACCUUCACCAAGAAAACAAGCGAGACGUGAUAGUAGUGAUGGAGAAGGUCCUUUCAAAGCAAAAGGUGGUAUUGGUACAGCAGUUGUGCAAACAACAUUAAACGAAACAGAAGAUUCUACAGUGGAUAAGUCUGAAUGCCUUGUUGAAUCAAUGAAAAUUUCUACAUGUAGUAUACAAGAUAUGAAAGAGAAACAAAGUGGCUCAGAUGUGGAAGCUGAUACAGAAAAAUCAAAUGCAGAAGAAACCGUUGCAUUUGAGAAAAGAAAAAGAAAAGUAUUACGGAAAAGGAAAAAGCCACAAAAGCGUUCAUCAGCUACUGUGGAUAAAACAUUGGAAGAUAUUGUUAAUCAAGAAAAUAAUACAAAAACUAAAGAUUUAAUGUUGGACAUGAAAAAUAGAGCCGAAGAUGUUUUAAAUAGUACUUUGGAUAGUGGCGGAUUAGUUUCUAUCGAUGAUCCAAAAGGUGUUGACGCGUUGGAUCGUGCUAAGCAGCAGGCGAUGGCCUUAGACUCAAGUGAUCAGCAAGUCCCGACAACUGCUGCAAUUUUAAGAAGAGCUAAUAAACACAAAUAUAUGUCAUUAGUAGGUCACAAUGUGGAUCGAGCUCCCGAUUCUGCGGAUACCUCACACGACGAAGAUGACAGCGAUGUAGCUGGUGUACUCGCUGCAGCAGACGGACCUGGUGCUGUUAUAUCUGAGCUCGCCGGUUUAGUACAUGCUACAGGCCCGACGUUUCUACCUUCUGGUUUAGAUGAAAUGCUAUCAGAUGAAGAAGCGUACUCGUAUAGCAGUAGAAUAUCGAACAAAAGUGAAAAAAAUAUGGCAGACUUUGAUGGAGAAGAGAGUGGUUGCGAAGAAGAACUAGCACAAUUAGCUGCACGUCAUUUAACAGCGAUACAAAUGCAAGCUUAUCAUCCCCAUCAUUCUCAUCCGUCAAUGACGAUCAGACGAUCCGUUUGUCGUCCUCCACAAGUAAGAAGUAUUCGGCAGACGGUAACACGAGUCAGUUCACAAUUCAAUUUGGACACUGUUUGCAAACCUGGAAAUACAUUAUUGUGGGAUUUGUUGCAAGAUGAUAAAAUUGGUCAGUUAGGAGAAGGUUUAGCAUUAGAAGCUGAGAAAGCUUUGUGUAACCUUCUUUGUUUCAACGUUGAUCGGUUAAUACCUAUGAAAUUCAUAGAAGGUUGUUUAGAAAACUUGGCUACCAAUCGUUCUGUGGUCGUAUCUUUAAGAUUAUUGCCUAAAUUAUUCGCCAGUUUUCAACAAUUUGGUGCAAUGGAUGCGCACACAAUAACUACGUGGGCAGAUCGUGAACGUGGAAUGAUGAAACACUUUUUUAAUAAUCUAAAAACCUACACUAAUACUGGGCCGAAAAAUGGGUUAUAUUCUCAUCAAACAGAAAUACAAGUUCGAUUACAGUUUUUAUCCUCGAUAUUUUCACCUCUGGGUUCACCUGAUUGUUUCCGUUUAAGUCUCGAACAAGUGGAUAUAUUAUGGCAAUGUUUAUCGCAAGAUCCAACUUGUGCCGAUGAACUGUUCAGUUGGUUACUCAGUCAAGCAAAAUCAACGGAACAACACGCUCUCGCAAUGGAUACACUUAAACACUUGUGUAUGCGUAAAUUGCCAAGUUUGCCACCCGAAACGAUUAGUAUGACUGGUCUUAGUCUUUUUCAACAGUUGUGCAAUUUGGCUCGUUUAGCAGCUGAACAUUUGGAUAGACCUCUAAGAGAUGUGGAUUCAGUUGGUAUGGAUUUCUUAUGGAGAAUUGCCUUGAAAGCUAAAAGCACGGAUGUUAGCAUGGCAGCUAUACAAUAUUUGAACGGAUAUUAUAUGUCCAGACAAUUAACCCAAGAAGCAGAAUUUGUUUCACAAUGUAUGACGCAUCUCGCCGCAGCUAGUGCCGAUCUGGAAACGAAUGAGGAAGCUAGUUUACGUUGCAUACAAAGAGCUUUGUUAUUAUUGAGAACACAUUUGGAAGCUUUUCGAAAGCGGUACGCCUAUCAUUUACGUCGCUGGAUAUUGGAAGGUAGAGGUGCUGGUAGCCAUGUAGCUAUGAAUACAUCAGAGAAGGGUCAACAGUUAAGAAUAUUCGUACAACCUGCUGGAAUUCCUGAAAAAACAAGCUUCACCCUUUUUAGUACUGACUACGUUGCUGACUUGAGAGCCGAAGUUGCUAAGUGGUGGGAUGAUACUCAAAAUAAUCAAGAAAAGUCAUCGUCCACUACGAAUUCAAGUCAGAAUAAUAGCUCAGUAUUAGGGUCACUUUUAACUGAUGGGCCAAUUAGAAUGAUUACGCAAGGUCAAGAAUUAACUAUUGAUUUCGAUGAAAAAACACUGCAGGAAAUGGGUUUUAAGGAUGGCCAACUAGUAUUCAUUUCUCCUGGCGCUAGUCGAGCUAAUGGUACAGGUAGAUGUAAUAAACGAGAUGUGGAUUCGCCCUCUCUUUUGCCACCACCACCUCGAGAGUCUUUACCGACCUUGUUAUUAUUGCGACCACAAUAUUUUGAACAGUUAUUUACGCUGAUGAGAACAUUGAGUGCUAUGAAAACCGUAGUUAAAGGAGGUCAAGAAAUUCCACAUACUAAGGCACAAGUACUUUCAAGAAGAGUUUGGGAUACAUUAACUUUGUUACCAACUAGUCCUACUUUAUUAAGAGGUUUCCAAAAAUUAGGGGAAGCUACAUUACCGGAAUUGUUAGACCCUGCUAGCCCUCAGAAAUUGAUGUAUUCUUUAUAUAUAGUGGAAUCUCUAAGUAGACGUAGUACAACAAGUCAACCUUCCAUUGUGAACCCCACUGCAACCACUAACGAGAACGAAGGGGACACGGACGAUAACCACGAAGACAAAGAAAAAGAUGUAUCUUGGUCUACGUUGUUCGUUCAACACGGGGGUUUACGUCAUUUGUUCGAUAUCUUUAUGUCUGGAUGUUUGGAACAGGGAGAUGGUAGUGAGUGGCAGCAGGACUGUCUUGCUAGUUUGCUAAAACAACUGUGUUAUUUAGGUGUCGUUAAAGAAGACAAGAAACGAAGCAAAGCAGAUAAAUUGCUUGUACCUAAAUUGAGCGAAGCGAUGCUCUCAAUGAUGAACGUAGAAGCCGUUAUGUCACGAAUAACAAAUAUAUUAAACGAAGCAUCUUUACCUAGAGAUCCAAACCAUUACAAAACAGGACUUUUUGGGAGAUCCCAGGUUAUCCACUAUACUAUGGCUCUACUAGUUUGUUGGGUACAUAGCGAUGAAACAGUCAGACAGUAUCUUUUCUCAUCUCCACAACCUUUUGGAAAGACUUGGUUAAGGAGAUUAGUAUUGGAAGAUCCAGAACCUGCAGUGAGAAGAGAAGUUUGUACAGCAUUGUACAGAUUAUGCUUGGGCACUACAGGAUCUGAAGAUGACAACUCUGAUAGUUCCAGUUUGAUUGUACCAAUGUUAAACACAUUAUUAGAACAUCUUGUCAUUGCAGAAGCAAUGCAACCUUCUCAUCGUAAACCAGAUUUACCAUUGCACCUACAUCCAGUGCUUGAUGAUGGAAAAGAACCAUAUGGACCUGCUUGCAGAGAUUACUUUUGGUUGGUUUGUCGAUUGGUUGAUUCUCUUCCAGAAGAAGCUAUCAAAGAAGGUUCAGAUGAUUCUAAUGUAACGAUAGAUCUAGAAGCUCUAGCCAUAAGAGUAAUUGACUCUGUUUUAAACAGAGAACAUCUCGAAACACGUCAUAAUACAGUGGAAGACGACGGUUUAGUUGGAUUGUUAAAUCUCACUUGCAACAUUAUGACGCAUAACCCACCUUGUAAACAAGGAAAAAUCGGGCAAAAUCUACUUCACGAAGUGUUUGAUUUUCUGUUUGCAUUGCCGAAUCCCCGAUCGAAACAUGUUCCAAAAUGUAAAAGUCAAGUUUCCAGAUCGGCAGCUUUUGAUCUCUUAGUUGAACUUGUAAAAUCCGCUCCCGACAAUUACAAGAUUCUUCAUGAAAAAUUGUUAGCUCAACAUAAACCUGGUCCCCAUUCUCCGUAUCCAUGGGAUUACUGGCCACAUGAAGAUGGACGUUCCGAUUGUGGAUAUGUGGGAUUGACAAAUUUAGGUGCCACCUGUUACAUGGCCAGCUGUAUGCAACAUUUGUACAUGAUGCCACAAGCACGUGUUUCUAUAUUAGGCGCUGACUGUAAUCGGGCAAAUAAGCAUCAACUGACCUUACGAGAACUGCAAAGAAUGUUUGCCUAUCUUUUAGAGUCUGAAAGGAAAGCAUAUAACCCUCGAAGUUUUUGUCGUGUGUACACAAUGAAUCACGAGCCUCUUAAUACUGGAGAACAAAAGGAUAUGGCUGAGUUUUUCAUAGACCUUGUAUCUAAAUUGGAAGAGAUGACAUCGGAUUUGAAAAAUUUGGUAAAGACAUUAUUCUGUGGUGUGAUAUCUAAUAAUGUUGUGUCAUUAGAUUGUGAACAUGUAAGUAGAACACUUGAAGAAUUUUAUACUGUUCGCUGUCAAGUGGCUGACAUGAGGAACCUUUAUGAAAGUUUAGAUGAAGUUACAGUUAAAGAUACUUUAGAAGGGGAUAAUAUGUACACGUGUUCACAAUGUGGCAAAAAGGCAAGAGCAGAAAAGAGAGCAUGUUUUAAAAAAUUACCACACAUACUGUGUUUUAACACAAUGAGAUAUACGUUUAACAUGGGAACCAUGCUAAAAGAAAAAGUCAAUACCCAUUUUAGUUUUCCAUUAAGGCUAGAUAUGUCUGGAUACGUUGAGAAGAAACUUAUGCCACAACAUUAUCAGGAAGAGAAGAAAGCGUCUGAAAAGAAAAAAUCUGAAAGUGACUGUCAAACAGGGUUGGGUAAUGAUGAAGAAGGAGAAAUGGAACAUUAUCAGUAUGAUUUAAUUGGUGUAACAGUUCAUACUGGUACAGCAGAUGGUGGGCACUACUACAGUUUCAUCAGAGAUCGUACCUCUCCUAAUAAAGAUAAAUGGUUUUUAUUCAACGAUGCUGAAGUUAAACCAUUUGAUCCCAAUCAAAUAGCAGCAGAAUGUUUUGGAGGAGAAAUGACUAGCAAGACAUAUGACUCUGUUACAGAUAAAUUCAUGGAUUUCAGUUUUGAGAAAACUAAUUCUGCAUAUAUGCUUUUUUAUGAAUGGUGCGCUGAUCUCGGUGAUCAAGCAAAGGAAGAGGAAGCUACGGUUUCUAGCCCCAAUGGACGACAGUGUUCUUCAUUAGUUUACAAAAAUACUAACAAACUACCACCUUUAGAGCUGAAUAAGGAGCUGGAAGAUUGGAUAUGGCAAGACAAUAUGCACUUUCUACAAGAUAAAAACAUAUUUGAACAUACAUACUUCACAUUUAUGUGGCAAAUAUGUGGUUACAUACCACAAACAUUGCUAUCCGUACAGCCUGACAUAACGGAGAUGUCAGCAGACCUUUCAACGUCAUUUUUUAUGGAAACCUUCAUUCACGCUAAAGAAAAACCAACUAUGGUACAAUGGGUGGAAUUAUUAACAAAACAAUUCAACGGUUCAGCUGGUGCAUGUGCUAGAUUUCUUGAAAGGAUGGCUGGAGAUUCAUGGUGGCCAAUUCAAAUUCUAGUCAAGUGCCCUAAUCAAAUGGUAAGACAAAUGUUCCAAAGGCUAUGCAUUCAUGUGAUACAACGAUUGCGCGCUACUCAAGCACCUUUAUAUCUUCUUUGCGAUGAAGAAAACGACAUAAAUACUGUCGGCACGCGAUCAUGCGUUACAAGAUUCGUAAGAAUGCUUUUGUCCCUGAUGGAACACGCGAAACAACAUUUAAAACACCUUACUGAAUAUUUCAGUUUUUUAUAUGAAUUUAGCAAAAUGGGCGAGGAAGAAACAUUAUUUUUAAUAAGGGUACAAGCUAUAUCAACUAUGGUGAACUUCUAUCUUGGACAUAAAACACACGAAUUCGUUGAUGCGGUUAGCGAAGAAGAAGAAGAAGAGGAAAUAGUUGCCGUGCCAACAGAAAAGUUGAGACCUGCUUCUCUAGAUAAAAUGAUAACUUUGAUAGCAACUUUGGUUGAACGUAGCAGGGGACCUGAUCAUAGACUAGCACUAUCUCCAGCAGAUCUCAGUGCUGUGGCAGGAGGUAAAGGAUUUCCUUUUUUGUAUCAACAAACACGAGAUGUUAUUAAUCUCAAUCAGACACGAAAUUUGAUACAGUCUUUAUGUCGCUGGAACGAUAGAUUAGCUAUACAUAUUAUUACCAUGAUAUUUCAAGCUAUAACAAAACAUACCGAUGUAUGCCAGCCAUUUUUCAAACUUCUAACGUUGUUAACGGAGAGUUCAGGGCCAAGUGGAUUGCCUUGUAUGACUCAAUUAAUUUUGGGUAGAGUAUGGGAAGCAGCUAGAGUUGCGCCACAUGGUGCAUUGGAAUGGCUAGCUUUAGCUGUGACAAGAAGCAAGCUUGCACAUGCUUGGGUGUUACAAGGAUUAGACACCUGGCUACAACAUUUUUUAUUGGAACAUUCAAAUCAAAGAGUUCGCUCCGCAGCUGCUUUUCUCCUUGUAUCGCUGGUUCCAUCGACUCAUUUUAGACAGGGUUAUCGCAGUGCUCAUAGAUUAGGUUUAGGAUGCAAUACGUCUAGAGAACUUCAACUAUCAUCGGAAGCCACGUUAAUUUUACAUCAAAUAUACACAGCGCUUUUAAGAUUAUUACAACCCGCAAGACAUUAUAUCGAUAUACAAACUCAUGGUACAAUGAAACUCACUGCCUAUUUUGCAUUGCUCACGUAUUGUGUUGUGUCCAAGACAGAGAAAUUAAUGUUUGGACAAUAUCUGAAUGAUUUAUGGACACUUUUUCAUCCAAAACUUUCUGAGCCUAGCAUUCCAGUGCAUCAUAAUAAACAAGCUGUAUUACUGUUUUGGUAUCACGUUUGUUCUGAUUGUCCAGAAAAUGUUGCUCUCAUACUUCAUAAUCCACACAUAACUAAAAAUAUUGCAUUUAACUAUAUAUUAGCUGAUCACGAGGACCAGGAUGUAGUAUUAUUUAAUAGAGUAAUGUUACCCGCUUACUACGGCUUAUUACGACUUUGCUGUCAACAAUCACGUACUUUUACAAGACAAUUAGCUGCACAUCAAAAUAUUCAAUGGGCAUUCAAAAAUAUUACACCUCAUCCUACUCAGUAUUCGACUGCAGUGGAUGAAUUAUUUAAAUUAAUGCAAUUAUUAGUUGCAAGACAUCCUGAUCAAACAGAACAAGAGGAAGCUGAGAUUGCAUCAUUUAGAAGAGGAACGUUAUCAUCGUAUUUACAAGGACUAGACGGGAGAUCCUGUUGGGCUACACUUAUUUCUGCAUUUCGCAUCCUUAUCGAAUCAGACGAUGAUCGCCUCUACGUUGUAUAUAACGGAGGAUUAAGUAUGGCUUUGGAAGCAUUUCAUAUGUUGCAUAUCAUGUAUCAUGAAGCAACAGCGUGUCACGUUGCUGGGGACUUAGCUGAAUUAAUAGCGAUUAUCGUGGAACUGGUACGAUGUAUCAGAACUGCCAGGGAUGGACCCGAUGCAAGAAACAUAUUAGCGAAUUGCAAAGAAUGGCCGGAUAUUUUACGAAAAUUGGCAACGUUAUUAAAUACGUAUAAUCCUCCAGAUAUGCGAAAUCUUGCUAUAGAUCUUCUGAAGGAACUCGUGAUGCUUGUUCCUGCUGAAGCAAUAUUAAUUUUAGCACCAUUGCUAUCACACUGCCAUGCAGCUCUUCAAGAGUCUCAUGCUGCUGUUCCGCCUGGUCCAUAUCUUCCACGAAGAUCUACUCCUCCAGGAAAAAUGCCUACGCGACCCGCCAGACCGAUGGUUCAAAUGGCAGUACCACAUUCGCAGCUGGAGGCAUCGAAAGGAGUAGAUCCAGAAUAUGAUAAUGCUUUGCUUGAAUUUUAUUUACCAUAUCACGAACUCAUUGAUGUAAUGUGCAGAUUAGCAAUCAAUAACGAUUGUAUGACUGAUACAUUAGUUAAUUUGAGCGCUAUGUUAGGAUUCGAAGGUGUUCCAUUGCACUUAGCUUUGUUCCCUAGAUUAUGGUUAGACGUUCAUGCUGCUACACACAUAGACAGAAAACAUAUUGCAUCCCUUCUUUGUUCUUCCUAUACGGUGGAUUACGUAGAUGCUGUGUUACUAGAUGAAAGAUCUUCAUUAGGAAUACCAGCAAUUCAUGCCUUUUUUAAGACUUUCUUUCCUAAACUUGCUAACCACGUAUUAACCGAGCAAACUUGUUUACUUAUCGAUAACUUAAUUAAGUCGAUGGUGGCAAUGGUGGAAGCUGUAGAUAUUCAAGCGUCUGCGCACCGAUUAACCGGGGAUUUAAGAGCGUUGGCUCUUAUCUAUAGUAGUAGUACAAGACUGAAACCGCCAAGUAGUUUGUUACCAGCUUUAGAAACGCUACUAUCUCGAACUAGGGCCAUUAAAGUAAAAGAUUCCAAUCAACAGGAAGUAGAAGCUCCUACGAAGAAACGCAAAUUCACCGUUAACGAGGAUACCGAGACAACCGACAAAGAACUACAUUUACCGAUAAAAGAAAUUAGUGAACAGAAAAAUGUUUCCGAGAUCAACGUUGAGAAGAAAGAUAAAACCGAAACGAAUGAUAUGACUUCUUCCGAUUCUGGAGACGAUAAAACCAUAUCAAGAAAUACUAUUCAAGCAGAAAAUAUUCCUACCAGUAUCACCACGAUAUCCUCCAGUCUGAUCGACACCGUGACGAGUAACAAUUGUACGAAUCAAUUACGAUGUUCGUUAACUAACGUUUCUUGGUUCGAAAUGUUGGAAAAGACUAUCAUCGAUCUGCAAACUAUUGUGCAAUUACAAACAAAAAGUAACUAAUUCUGUACGUGUUUUUGAAUGGUGCUUUGAUCGUAGAAGCACAUACUACAGGACUAAGUUCACGUGUAAUUGUGUGGUUCUUUAAAAUAACAGAACGAAAAUUCAGUUCUACAUUCAAGAUUUAGAUGGACAAAUUUUAGUGCGUUUGUGUUCUACAAAAAGGGAUGCAUAUAUUACCGUGUAUGUAUCAAAUGUAGGGAUAUGUGGGUACCCGGCCUCGGAUUGAAUCGGGUAAAUUCGGACGGAUUCGAUUAGUUCGACGAUUACUUCGGUUGAAGUCGGAGAAAGUUUGACAAUCUGGGACGAGAUCUCGCUAUAUUCAAAGUUCAAUUUGGAUCUCUAGUUCACGUCCGAGCUCGUCUGACUUUUUCAGACUCGACUCGAUACAUUAGAUUAUCCGCAUACCCCUAAUCAAAUGCAAUUUAUUUUCCAAAUGUAGGUAAAUAAGGUAGCUUUACUUACUUAAGUUAUAUUAACAUAUGGAAAAAGAAAUCAUUCAUUGGGAUUGAACAAUUUUUAUUUUACGUAAUAAAUGUUCGUUAGUGCUGUGAGAUCACCUAUCUCCAGGCAACGUUUGUGUACAUUUUAUGUGUACAGUAAUAUAAGCCGCCCAGUAUUCUGUAACAGGAAUUGCAAAAUGCCUUGAGAUAGUUUAAGAGAUACAAUUGUGAAAACUUUCUUGAAACUAUAAUUAUUUUUCUAUUCUUAUUUCAACUUUUAGGGGUACUACAGGAUUUUUUCAAUCUUUCAUAAAAUAUCAAAUAAUAGUAUUUUUUGGUCAACUGUGUAUGUUUAAAUAUUAUUCACGUAUUGCUCUACAAAUUUCAUUAAUUUAUCAUUGUAAUAUACUCUUCAUCGUAUUUUUAACGUUUUCAAGUAAUUAAUCAUGUAAGUUAUAUACGAGUGCAAAUUUUUUAUCGUACAUUUUCUAUCCGAUAUUUUUCAAACUAAUUUACGCGUAAAAUUAUUCUCUCGUAUCUGUUGUAUACAUAAACGAAAGAUAUUUAUUUUUUCUCUUAAGUAAAUAAUUUCGAUAGAUUUAACUUCAAUAUCGGAAAUGUAUUGUGUUAUGCUUUUAAUUCUUUUCGGAAAUUAUACCUCGCAUAUCUUUCAAAGAAUCUAGGAAAGUACAGCUUAAAUUUAACUUCUGUUCAAAUGAAGUUUUAACUACUUUCUGUACUAUCACAAUAAAACUUUUAUUCGUAAUCAUUAAAAAUAAAAAAUCAUACUAUUAGAUUGGUAAAAAGCUCUUUUUCUUUGUUUAAUAGUGAAAAAUAUAAGUAUCUCACAUCACAAAUGAACAGUUGCGAAAUUCUUGAAGAUUCGUCAUAAAGCAAUCGAAGAAUUAUUCAAAGCUAGUUUUCUUGCAACAUUUAAUGAACAAAACUGAAAAACAUAUCUGUAUAAAUUUGUUACGUAUGCGUUUGAUUUAUGUGUACUGCUUUAUUGUAUUUAUUAUUAUUACAUAGUAACCGUGCGCUAUUAAAGAAAGAAAGAUAAGUAUAUAUGAAUAUAUACAUUACUUUUUGUUUCACUAACUCGUUUCGUAAACAAAGUGCUUUAUCGUCAUUUACCGAACAGUUUCGAAUUCUUAUAUGUAAGAAGGAAAUCAGUAUGAUUAAAAUUUCAUUUGUGAUUUAACAAUUUUUUUUUUUAUUGAAGAAAACGCGAGCUAGAAGUUUUUUCAGCCUAGUUGUUCAGUAAAAUAGUGUUCCCAGCAAUAAACCACAGGUGUUUCAAGAAAUACAUUUUGUCAGUUCAAUAUAGUACUUACUUUGUAUUAAAUUCGUGUACAAACUCGCUAUAGCCCUGUGCAGGGCCAUAUAACGAGACUGUAUUUCACAGACGUCAAAAUAUUCUACUUUGAUUAACCGAUGAAAUAAUUUUCUUGAAAUAUUUCUCCCUUUAAUAAUAGAAAUACUGUUUUACCAAACUCCGUAAUUUAAUACACCCUUUAAAUAUAAAGUCGUAAUUUCUUGUAUACGCUUAAUACCUGCGUAAAUGCACACGUACAUAAUAACGAGAAACAUGUUUUCGUCAUAACUGAGCUUAUUGUCGGACAAUGGCACUAAAGUAAUAACUCGUCCACGUUAAAGGUUCAAGAAUCAUUACGUAUGUUUUAAAUUUUUAUGAUCUGAUGUU